ACUCUUGUCUUUGUAUACAUAGAGACUUACUACUCGCUUACAAUUAAUAUAAUUAUCGUGGAAGAAUUUGAAGGAAAUAUGGAGUUAAAAGAAGAGAUUUUGAAUGAAAUGUGGAGUUAAAAGUGAGAUGUAAAAUUAAAAGACUGGUCGUUUAAUGAAUAUACUCGAUUGGAUCUCACUCACUUCGUUUUAAAGUUAAAAUUGUUUGCAAAAAGAGCAAUGAUACAUCUUUCUUUUAAAAAUUUCAAGUGUGAACAAUGCUUUCUUAAAAAUUCUAAUUCUUUCUGUGUGCACAGCCACGGUGAUAUUACUGUUCUGCCCUUACAAGUUACAACUUCCUCCAGUGGACUUUCUGUUUGGUCGACGAUGAUGAUGCUAAGCCAUGCAUCUAAAUCUAUUCGUAACUCGAAAAUUUUCGAGUCUGAGACAAUCCCAUCUCUAUGUCCCAACCAAUUCCAAGAUCAAAGGAUUAGUUCAACAAGGGCAUUUCUCAGAAGCUUUACAACUAUACACUAGACAACCACAUUGCCCUCUCAACACCACCAAGUUCACAUUCCCUUCUCUUCUCAAAUCCUGUGCCUUCCUUUCAAAUCUCUCCUAUGGAAAGACUCUCCACGCCACUGUCUUUACAUUGGGUUUACAGUUUGAUCCAUACAUCACCGCUUCACUCAUAAACAUGUAUGUCAAAUGUGGGUCACUAGGCAGUGCAGUCCAAGUGUUCGACAAAAUGUGUGAAUGUGAAGCUUUGGCUCCAGAUAUCACAAUCUGGAACUCUAUGAUUGAUGGGUACUUUAGAUAUGGGUAUAUUGACGAGGGUAUUCUUCAGUUUCGCCGAAUGCAAUUAUUGGGUGUCCGACCUGACGCAUACUCUCUUAGUAUUAUGCUUGGAGUGUGUGACAGUCUUCCAAGAUUUUUGGAAGGAAAACGGAUUCAUGGCUUUCUUUUGAGAAACAUGUUUGAUGAUGAUCCUUUCUUGGUGACUGCUCUGAUUGAAAUGUACUCGAAUUGUGGUCGGCCAGUGGAUGCCUGGUGUGUUUUUGAGAGGUUGGAAAAUAAAAACAAUGUUGUAGUAUGGAAUGCGAUGAUUGGUGGGUUAUGUGAGAAUGGGUUGUGGGAAAAUAGCUUGGAAUUAUAUUCAUUAGUGAAAAAUGAGAAUUUGAUUCUCGUGUCAGCAUCAUUUUCCAGUGCAUUGGCUGCUUGUUCUCGGGGUGAGGAUGUAGAGCUUGGCAAGCAGGUCCACAAUGAUGUUAUCAAGAUGGGGUUCCAGAGUGACCCGUAUGUUUGUACUUCUCUCUUAACCAUGUACGCCAAGUGUAGAUUGGUUGAAGAUGCUGAAAAAGUUUUUGCUUCUGUACAAGAUAGAAAAAGUGAAUUCUGGAAUGCUAUGAUUUCAGCAUAUCUCUGGAAUGGUUGUGCUUACGAUGCUUUGGCUGUUCGCCAUCAGAUGAGAUUAGAUGCUGUUCCAUCCGAUUCUUUCACAAUAUCAAAUCUUUUAGGUGUUUGCAGUGCGAUUGGAUUAUAUGAUUAUGGCAGGACACUUCAUGGGGAACUGAUCAAAAGACCGAUAAAGAGUACUAUCGCUGUGCAGAGUGCUCUUUUGACAAUGUACUCGAAAUGUGGGAAAACAGAGGAUGCUAAUGCAGUUUUUACUACAAUGAAGGACAAGGAUAUGGUUGCCUGGGGCUCCAUGAUAUCGGGUUUUUGCCAAAAUAAGAAAUUCAAGGAGGCUUUGGAUUUGUUUAAAGUGAUGGAGGCUGACAGAGUGAGACCUGAUUCUGAUAUAAUGGCAAGUCUAAUUAGUUGUUCUGUGGAACUAGAGAAUAUACAUUUGGGUUGCGGGAUUCAUGGAUUUGUCAUCAAGAGUGGCUUUGAAUCAGAUUCUUUUGUUGGUAGUUCCCUGAUGGAUAUGUAUUCGAAAUAUGGGUCCACCGAGAUGGCUGAAAAAGUAUUUUCUGGUAUGCUGCAUAAAAAUCUGGUCGUCUGGAAUUCUAUGAUCGCAUGCUAUUGCCGGAAUGAUCUUCCAGAGCUGUCCAUUAAUAUUUUUCCUCAAAUUGUACAGCAAGGCUUGUAUCCGGACUCUGUUUCCAUUACCAGUAUCCUUGUUGCAGUUUCAUCAGUGGCAGCAUUGCUCAAGGGAAAGACUAUACAUGGAUACCAAAUUCGACUUGCGAUUCUGUCCGACCUUCAAGUGGAGAAUGCAUUAAUUGACAUGUAUAUAAAGUGUGGAUGCUUAAAAUACGCAAAACACAUCUUCCUGAACAUGCCUCAAAAAAACCUAGUGACAUGGAAUUCAAUGAUUGCUGGUUAUGGAUCUCAUGGUGAGUGCCUAAAAGCAAUUAGUUUAUUUGAUGAAAUGAAAAGAUUAGGGAUCAGACCAGAUGAUAUAACAUUCCUCUCCCUGAUUUCGUCUUGCAACCACUCUGGUUUGGUUGACGAAGGCCUAAAACUCUUUCAAUCAAUGAGAGUGGAAUACAACAUUGAACCUAUGAUGGAGCAUUAUGUUAAUAUCGUUGACCUCUUGGGCCGUGCUGGAUGCUUGAAUGAUGCUUACAGUUUCAUACGAAAAAUGCCCAUUGAACCCGACAGGAGUGUUUGGCUAUGUUUGUUGUCGGCGUGUAGAGCCCAUCGUAACACUGAGCUUGGAGAACUUGCAGCACAUAACCUACUUAAGAUGGAGCCAAACAGAGGCAGCAACUAUGUUCAGCUGUUGAAUCUGUAUGUAGAAGCCAGAUUACCGGACAAGGCAGCAAAGCUGAGGGCAUCAAUGAGGCAGAGGGGGUUGAAGAAGAUCCCUGGAUGCAGUUGGAUUGAGGUGAGAAACAAGGUUGAUACUUUCUUCUCCGGGGAUUCGUCCUCCCCUAGGACAGUUGAAAUCUAUCAGACUUUGAGUAGUCUUAGGAGUAUUAUUGAUAGGCAAGAAGUUUAUCAUGAAUGCCUUGAAGCAUUCUGAGAAUCUUUCUUCGAGGAACUCUGCUCAAAUUUGACAUUUCUAGGUUUCGACCAGUGCUUUUUGACCCUGGAACAUUGCGUAUCAACAAUGUUCUUGAGGUGGCAUCAAUGAGGAGCUUUGCAGUACCUGUAGAUGGUAUUGAAGGACAAGGGUUGAAUGAAGGCAUCAUGGAUGGGAUCUAAUGAGAAAAUUUGCAUCAAAGUCCAGCAAUCGAAAGAGGUGGAACCGGCAAUGGUGAUGACCACUAACCAUCAAAGAUGGUGAGCCAGUACCAGGCGAUGACUGCGUCAGAUCGAAGUGCCACAGCGAACAAAACCGCUGCAGCCUAACCCAAGCGCAAGAAAUAAGUUAUUCUGAUGAUCAGACGAUCUUUAUUUAGUCACUUCAAAAAUUCUCCCAAGCAUAAAGCAAUAUAAUCCAGUUGAAUGAGCUUGAUGAUUUUAGGCACAACAUUGGAGAUUCAUGUAUUUUUUGUUCUUGACGUACUUAAAUGACCAUGGAGAUUUAUAAGUUUUUUCAUUA